AUGCGCUACAAGUACCGUUGCCGAUACCCUACCGCCCUCGCUCCGUUCCCCCACAAGCAUUUGCCGAGCCCUAUUGGCAAGGCACGCCACGCCAUCGAUCGUACCUUCACCCAGUCUUCUUCUGGGAUCGGGGUUGGACUCCUUGGUGCCGUCAUCGGCGGCCUUGCCGCCCGCGAAGUCUCGGACGCUGCUGUACGCACUCGUAAUCGUAAAGAGAUGGAGAGUGGAACUUACCAUCCACGACCACAUCAUGACACCGAGAAGGCGCGCGUGAUAUCAACCGUCGUCGGCGCCCUCGUCGGCGGGUUGGGUGCCAACGCCCUCGAGAAGCGCUUCGAAGCCGCUCGGGAACGUGAUUGGGAACAACAGCAACUUUGGGAGAAAAGAUGGGGAAGAGAGCGCGAUCUUCCCCACUACGACACCGGCAAAGAACAUGAGCGCGAUCAUGGCCGAGGGCGUACUCGUGGCCAGCGUCAUGAUGACUGGAACGAUGGGUAUCCUUCUGACCGCCGGCGCUCGCAGAGACUGAGGAGUGAAGAGCGCUAUCAGUACAGGAACUGA